AUGUCAGCCUCCUUGUGGAACCGAUGUGAAGUGUCUCCGCCACCUAUUGCAAGCUGUUCCUACGAUUGCUACGAAGUUGAAGAAGAUGAUGUGGGUAGACUGAAGACAGCUUUGCAGGCAUUACAAGUGUCUUAUUCUGUUGGAAUACGUCUCUCUAGUGAGCAAUACACCUUGAACAGAUUGUUGUACAAAGUCAAUAAUCAACAAAGACAAUGGAGGUGGCAUCAGAUGAUGAAAAAGAUCCAAAAGUGUUUGAUCAAACUCCAAUCCACACUUCCUGUCAAAUUUAUAGAAGAUGCUGUCUGCUGUUGUCAAAUUACUCAUGAUGAGAGCAGUUCUACCAUCCGGCUCCCAUCUCGUCAGAUGCUGGAGUACAUUCUCAUCAAGUUAAUGGGCCAGGCUAAACUCUGUGUAUACAUCCUCAAUAUGGCAGAGUCUGUCUAUGUAUUUGCUGUUCAGAAUAUCACAUGUGGGCAAUUCCUGGGACAAAACAUGAUCUACUCGUCCAUAGUGAGCAGAGUAUGGGUAAUGAUGCGCUCCAUGCUGAGGGACAUGACCUCCUGGUACCCACACCUCCUACCCUGGAUGGACAAACUCAAGGCUACACUAAUGCAAUGGAUGACAACAGAAGAAGGGUUUCCACCAAGUUUACUGUCAUGGUUAAAGCCGGACUAUGACCCUGCGAGAUACGAUAUAAAGCAACCUUCGAAGAGAAAACCCUCCACUUUGUUGGACAGCAUGUUUGCUGAUCAAGCUGAUGGCAAGGCAUUGAAGACUGAGGCUGAGGAAAAAGAACAUAGCCUGGAGGAGUCUCUGACAACCAAGGAACCUGUAUUGGACCUAGGAGAGCCAGUGACUUUAGAUGAGGUUGCUCUGAAGAGGUCAAAGGUCAAAUUGAAGAGGAAGCGCUCAGAGAGUUUUAUCAAAGGAGAGCUUGCGACAAAGCUAUCUCGGUUUGAGAAAGACACGAUUGCUGUGGACGCCAAUGGAAUAAAUGCACCACGUGUUCAGUUAGAGGAUGAUGAUGAUGAGAGAGCUGCAGAGAAAGAACAUACGUUAAAUAACAAAUCUGAAGACACAAGAGAUGCUCAUCCUAAGAAAAAGAGAAAAGGAUUUGAAAAGCGUGAAAAUGAAACGACCAUUGUUGAGGAGGAUGAAACAUCUGUACCGGUCAGGAAGAGACUUAAGAAACUCCUGAAGCAUGGCAUCAAGAAGAAAUUGAAAGAAACGAUACGCAAGAAUAAAGGAGAAACUGCUGUGACAGAGCAGAUGGUACAUUGUGAAUCUGAAGACAUGGGAGAUGCUCAUUCUAAGAAAAAGAGGAAAAGAUUUGAAAACCUGAGGGACAAAUUCCGAUUGACAAAGAAAAAGAAGAAGGAUAGAGAAGGUCUUAGUCAAGAUGUUAAACAAACAGAAAGUCAAGCAACCAAAGAAUCUGUAAAGCAACAGAACCAUCAGAAGCUGGUUCUUAAAAAACUAAAGAAGAAGAGUAAAGGAUUGAUCAGUAAAGAAGUGCAGGAACUAGACUCGUCACCAUCAAGGACAGUUAAUGCACAGUGGGGCGGGAUCAGCCAAGAUGCAUCUCCCGGAGGCAGUGAUGUUUUGGAGAAAGGAUGCAGGUCAAAGAAAGUGAAAGCAUCCGCCCUGGUGUGUGAACUUGACAAGAUAAGUGAAACCAAGUCGCUAACAAGUCGGACCUCGGAUAUUGACGACAUAUUUGCCUGUUUGGAAUGAGAGAAUACUGGUAUGAUAAGACUUUGAUGCAAUUUUUAUUGACCUGUGAAAUGUACAAUAUUUGUGUAGGUCCAGCCCCGAAGGAGUGGGUUAAAUCUGAUUUGAAAAGGAGCAAAGGGAAGAACAUAUUUUUUAUCAGUAUUAUUAUAGUUCCAAAUACUCACAUAUCUGCCCACAACAUGGCGUCUGGUAACAGUAAACAUAAAUGUAAUAAAUAUAGCAAUUAUACCGAAGUCUUAU